CAGGACUGGUCUGGGAAAACCGAGCCGACUGGCCAGGAAGUCUGGACUCCUCAUCCCUGCAGCCGGACCGACCUGCAGAAGAGAUGAAAAAUCACAGGUUUCUUUUUAACUUGACCCCUGUUCGUGUGCAGUGAUUCCCAGAAAGUGUGCUGGUGUUGAUGGUGGUGGGUGAACAGCUGCAGGAGGGGCUUUGUCAGAUAAGGAUGGCAUUAGGUAAGGCCAUUAGUGUCCUGUGGAUUAUUGUAAUCCAGCCUCUCUAUCACUUCUAGCUCGGUUGCUCAGUCUGCGGUCGGUCUCGUCUGGUUUGAAGCAGGUUGGAAGAUGGCUCUCAACAUGCAGCGUUUCCUGCUGACCCUGCUUCUUCUUGGGGCUCACGUGUUCGUCAGCAUUUAUGCUCAAGAGACGGGUGUGUCCGAGGCAUGGACCAGCAGGUCUUGCAAGUGUGACUGUGAAGGAGGAGAAUCCCCGACUGAGUUUUCCUCCAUUGCGUCCGGCUCUUCCAUGGUGCGAGGAGUGGACUGCAUGCCAGAGUGUCCAUACCACAAGCCUCUAGGUUUUGAGGCUGGAUCGGUGAAUCCAGACCAGAUCACCUGCUCCAACCAGGACCAGUACACCGGUUGGUUUUCCUCAUGGCUCCCAAGCAGGGCCCGUCUGAACACCCAGGGUUUUGGCUGUGCCUGGCUGUCCAAGUUCCAGGACAGCAGUCAGUGGCUGCAGAUCGACCUGAGGGAGGUGAUGGUGGUGUCAGGGAUCCUCACUCAGGGCCGCUGUGACGCUGACGAGUGGAUCACCAAGUACAGCGUUCAGUACCGCACGGACGAAAAUCUCAACUGGAUCUAUUACAAAGACCAGACCGGAAACAACAGGGUGUUUUAUGGAAACUCUGACCGCUCAUCAUCUGUGCAGAACCUUUUGCGACCACCCAUCGUGGCUCGCUACAUCCGCAUCCUUCCCCUCGGAUGGCACACACGCAUUGCUCUGCGCCUGGAGCUUCUGCUCUGCAUGAACAAAUGCAUCUGAACCUCUCCUCCCACUGUCCCCGAGGCCUUGUCCCAAAACCUCAUCUGUACCUAAAGCCCCAUCGUCAAAGAGUGUGCUCUGAUAUUACAUCCACAGAUUUGGCCCACUCCAGUUACUCCAUACAAAACCACAAUUUGAGACAAAAAUGUUCUGUUUAAACCUUUUUUUUUUUUUUUUUUUUUAAAUACAAACAAAACGGUCUGACUUGUGAUUUCAUUAAAAUAUGUGUUUGAUAUGCUCAAUGAGCUUUCAUUCACUCCACUCACCAUUGUCUGUUUUAAACCAGUCUCACACUGGGGGCUUUAAUUUGGUGAGUUCUUAAAUAGAUUGUUCCAUUUGCAAUGAAAUGGCAUAAAUUCAAAGCAAUAAUUAGGCAUGAAGAGGGAGAGGCAGCGUUGCUAUGGAGGUUGUAUCCACAGGUCUGAGACAAGCUCUUCCAAAACAUUUGUGUCCUUUCUGUGUCAGGUCAAUGAAUUUGUAUCUGCCUCUCCUGAUAUGUAAUGGUAAACAGGGAAUUUACAGCUCAGGACAUCUCAGUCAGUCAGUCUCUCUUCUGUAUUUUCCUUGAAGGGUAAGGCUGGUGAUAUCCUAUAUUUUUCUUACUGUCAACUAAUCAAACAAAAAUACUAAAACCACCAAUGAGCUGAUCCUAAGAAAAAAUAUUAUUUGUGUGGCCAACGCAUGACAGCUUAUUCCUUAACUUUAUUAUGACUUGAGACUUGAAACUCUUUAGAACUUGAGACUUUUUAGGGACACAUAAGUAUUUUGACAAUUAUUACAGUUUUCACAAAAUUGCAGUUUACAUUUUGUGACAGUUUCAGAUUUUAUAAUGGGUAUGUAUUGCAUGGAAUGUUCAGCGCUAGAGUGGAUGACAUCACACGCACUCUAAACUGCCAUCCCUAAAAAAAUCUUCCUCAAAAGAAAAUCUGAAAAACUGUUUUAAAUCCCACAAUUUCCAUGUAUGUGUUGUUUUGUGGUCCUUUGCGUGUGUGUACAUGUCUUUCUAGGAUUGUGAGGACAAUUUUGUUUAAGAACCAUUUUUGUGAGGUCAUUUUGGCCAGUUCUGACAGGGUUAAGCUUAGGCAGUUUCUAACACCACGCACACACAUACAUUGACGGACACACAAACACCAUCUCCACCAUAUAGAUAUUAACUGUAGUGUCUUGACCUGGUACCACACGCUUUUUGGAGGAUCUAUGUUAGACAGCUCUACUGCCACACACGACAAUACACACACGCACAUUGACAGACACAAACAAGUGCACAAGAGCAGUUGCUGCCCAAACUUUCAUACAACUGACUGUGAUUGGCUAAUUAGACUGAUUAACUCAGGGCAUUUUUUACUGUUGUCUAUGUUGUUCUGUUCUAGCAGGAGAAAUCACAGUAGCUUUAUUGCAGAUGAACUUCUGUUAGGGCAUGUACAUGUGUGUGUAUACAUGUCUUUCUAUGGUUGUGGGAACAAAUUUACGUUCGAAACCAUCAUUGUGAGAUCACUUUGGCCUGUCCUCAUAGUUUCAAAGAGCUUUUUGAGGGAUACCUGCAGUGACUGAGGUCAGAGUUAGGAUAAUUCUUUACAACAUGAAUGAAACUCAAAGUAACAUCCUGAGAUUGAAACGUGUAUGAUGGAUACGCACCAAGCAGCAGGCUCAUUCAAAAUUUCUUCAGGAGUUUUCUUGUACUUUAAAUGUUAUCGUCUACUGGUGCAAUCUUCUGUAAUUGUGUCAUCAGUUCUGCUCCUUCUUGUUCAAACUUUUUGCAUGAUAUAAAAAUAUGUUCAACUGAGCCCAGUCACCUGGAUUUUAGAGUGUGGUAACUAUGUGUCUGUAUGCUAAUCUGGCUGCGGGGACUCCCUGAUGGGACUGGUCUGAUCAGAGAGGAGGAACCUCCAACUCCAAUGCUGGCUUCCCGUAUUGGUGAGGCAAUGGUCCUGCCAGUCCACACCACAACUGCAGCCAUUCUAGCAUUCAGAAGAAGAGCGUUUAAGAGCCCGGGCCACACAACAUUCGUGGCAGCUCACACUAGGCAGCUCUCCUCUGUACCUCCUUUGUGAACAUUUGUGUGUAAUUUGUGAUUUGGUUUGAGAUACUGGUAGUGAUUUGUUGGGGACUGGGCUAGGUUUAAAAUUCUGAUUGUACAUCACACCCUUAGAAAAAGACUGUAGAUACAUUAGGAACAGGGGUGCUGCCUUGCUUGUCUUUUUAGUUGGUUAAGAUAGUAUAGUUAGGCUCUUUUGGUUCAUCUUUCUUUUAAGGUUAGAAAUUGAGUUUUGCAGCUCUCCUAAGGUAGAGUCCUCUUUUCGUUAUAUUUUGUUUUUGAUUUAAGCAGCACCCAUUUUUGCCCUGUUCCCCUACUUUAGCUGUCCUUUCACCUUGUUUGUUUCUUUGUUUACUUAUUUACCCUCCUGGUUAUGCAAUAAAUUUGAUUUACCAAUAACACCUGGUCAUAUGUUGCUUCCCUUUCCCCUAACUACGAUCUGGGUCAUAAUAUAAACACUGCCCAUAUACGGGGACUGGGAGGACACACCAUGAGUGCCUCAUAUAAGCACGCCAAAAACAAUCAUGACUGCAAUUAAUUGAAACCUGGCUCUGUGAGCAGUCCACAGUCAGUAAAUGAAAUACUCGGUGAGCAAAAUUUCCCCAGGCUGUUAUAUCUUCUUUGAUUGAAGAAAUCAACUGGCUGGUACUGGACGUUAGUCCCACAGCAUUAGAGGUUUUGACUUUACUUUCUCAGCAAAGUGGUGCCAGAAAGGGUUUAUAUCUUGACACUUCAUGUGAACAGUGCGACAUCUACUGCCCAUAAUAUAAAAUGGGCAAAUACAAAUGUUUGUACAUCACAAAUUGAAUACAAGUAUAAGGUAAAUUAUGAUUAGAUUUUAUAUUCUAAGCAUAGAUUUAUAGUAAUUAAUUUAAAUUUUAUGAAUUUUAUUUUUAUUUACAUUUAAAUUAAAUGUGAAAUAAAAGUUCCUAUCACA